GGCAUGCCGGUGGACGGGUCGAUGAGGUCGACCGAAAAAUAGUGGCCCUUCACGGAGACAACGGCGUGUUUUUGGAAAUCGYUUGUUUCCUCGUCGCUAUUAUUGCUGCUGUUUUUGCAGUGGUCACGGGAUCGAUAGACCCGAUAAACGUCUUGGUUUGGUUUCGGAAUCCGACAGGAAUAAAACAUAUACCUGUACAUGCUCGAACAAAGCGGGGUGGUUGAUUUCUUCCCGAUAACGUCCUGUGGCAACGAUCCACUCUGGACGAGUUCGGAAUACGCAAAGGCCGAAUGCAGGACCCGUGCCGCCCGCUGCAGCUGGCUGUAGUSUUUYCCCCUGGUUUUGGGCAGCUGAAACAAAUAAUUGACGUUGAUKGGGCUCGGUUCCCGGUAUUGCAGGUAGCCGAUUCGGUUCCACCACGACUGGAGCCAGUUCUCCUGGUGGCUUGCGCGGUCCUCCAGCUGGCGCUGUAGGUGGCUUGCCUGCUCCGGGAAUCGGUCGCACGCCCGAAGAAAGUUCUCCCGCUCCUCCGCCCGGCGAUCCGUUGCUGCCAGCGGCAGGCACGUGGGCUUGAGCCGUUCGAUGGUGUCGGCCAGGUCUGGGACCGGAAACCGGGGCAGAGAAUCCUGGUGUUGGAACAGCGGUGGCGGUGCGGUCGCCAAACCUUCGCUGCUGCUGUAGAUGCUKCUGGAAGUCAUGAAAUAUCCAGAUUCGGCGUCGGCUUGAUAGUCCCCGUGGCUAUCGUAAUACCUUGCCGAGGAAGAAGACGCCGACGACACCAUYCUUCUACCCCUGUUGUAAUUGUAAAAUGUGUAUUGCUGCUCUCGAUGACACGGCCUCCCCACAUUCGCGGUCACAACCAGCUUCCUUCGAAUCCGAUCAAUGUAGCUUCUGAUUGGACUGCAACGAGUGUGGCCAACCAACGUUGCCACCAUGGUCCUUCGUGCGAUGGUUGCGAAAACAAAAAGAGCAAUUUGUGUUGAACGUCGAYAGUUUUCGUUGGGAGGGUAUCCCAAAAACCAGAAGGGGGGCUAUGAGGAUUUUUAUAUAAGAUUUGUUUCCUCUUUCSUAACAAAAUUUACUGACAUUAAAAAAUUCAAAAAUUCAUAAAUAAUCAUGAACUCUUCACUUUCCAGUUGGAAUCACGAGUAUAGUAUCGUAGCUCACGACGACCAUGGUAUCCGUCUUCGUCUCGAUCCACGACAAUUCACCUGUCCCUUGAAUCAUUGAAGAAGCAAUUUUGACCUCAAUCGAAGGACGACAAUGGCGACUGUUGGAUCGCCCUAUCUUCGUAUUCUUCGACACGGAAUCCGAACAGCCUCAGCAACAUCGGCAAGGACCGGCUUUGGAAGAGCGGGAACACAAACGACUAGAGCAUCCACACCGAUCAAAGCAAGCAUGAGCACGAGCACGAGCACGAGCACCAUCGCCCCGUGGCCGACCAAAAUGGUCGAGUCCCACGGAGAUUACCGCGACGAAGCCUGGCUGGAGGAACUCGCCCACAACAAGGACACCACCUACAAAAACCAGUCCUCACUUCCCCAGCUGCCGGUCCCGGCGAUCGAAGAUACCCUCUCGCGGUUUUUGCCGACGGCGUUGCCCCUGGCGGAAUCCGAGGAGGAGAAGCGAGCCCUCGAGAACGCCGUCCAGAAAUUCCCGGCCCAGGCACAGAAACUYCAGGAGCGGCUCCUAGAAAGAGCGGCCUCGGUCCAGAAGAACUCUUCCUGGCUGCAGCACUGGUGGAACACCCUGGGAUAUCUCCAGGUUCGCGACAGCGUGUGCAUCAACGUCAGUUAUUACUUCCAGUUUGCCGACGACCGAACGCUKGCUGGCAAAGGGAGCAAGGGMAACUCGCUCCAGGUCCAGCGGGCCGCUUCCAUUCUCUACGCCACUGGUCAGUACCGGAACAYCGUGGCUUCCGGCCGGCUGGCACCCGAAACCCUGGGGCGMAAAAAUAUUCCCUUGUGCAUGACGGCCUACAAAUACAUGUUCCACGCCUGUCGGAUUCCGCUGCCCCAACAGGACUCCUACCGCAUCUACGAUCCCCACCACUACAAGCACGCCGUCGUGGCCCGCAAGGGGCGUUUCUACAAAAUUCCGCUGAUCGAUGAGUCGACAAACGAGGUCCUUUCGGUAGAGUCGCUGGAGGGCCACCUUUCGCAGAUUCUGGAACUGGCGGACGAGGAAGACUCGAAAACAGAAGCACCCGGCCUGGGAUACCUGACGGGAGAYCACCGGGACGCGUGGGCGACCGCGCGCGCGGCCUUGCUGGAACUCCCCGGAAUGGCCGAGGCGAUGGAAGUCUUGGAGAGCGGCUGUGUCUUGGUAAACCUGGACGACGCCUCCCCUAGCAGCCGGGCCCAGUGUGGCAAACAGCUGCUGUGCGGAAACGGGGACGCCUCCAACCGCUGGUUCGACAAGUCGGUGCARCUCAUGGUCUGUCCGAACGGCAAGGCGGGAUUGCUCGGCGAACACAGCAUGAUGGAUGGCAUGCCGGUGGUAGGGCUCGCCAACCACAUCGUGAGCACGACCUACCAGCAGGCCCGAGACGAAAGCACCACUGGGAAUUCUGGUUUGGAAACCUUCGGCGGUGUUGCGGACAUUUUUGGAUCCAUCGAGAUGACCCCGAAGGUCCUGGAGAUGAUCGAGACCUCGAAAGGAAACUUUCGGGAAUGGACCACCGGCAAGCACGACCUAGAGGUACAGAGCUUUUGGGGAUACGGGUCCGGCUUUAUGAAGAAAUCCGGCUUUUCUCCCGAUGCCUACGUCCAGAUGGCCAUGCAGGUGGCUACCGCUCGGCUCUUUGGAAAGCAGGUAGGAACCUACGAGGCCUCCCAAACGCGUGUMUUCCGGCACGGGCGGACCGAAACGACCAGGACCGUCAGUCCGGCGAGCGCGGCCUUUGUCCAGAGCCUGCUGGGCCGGAACGGCGGCGGCCAACCGCUCUCGGCGACCGACAAGAUCGCGCUGCUGAACAAGGCCUGCAAAUCACACGCCCRGUACAUYGGCAACGCCGCCAAGGGGCUGGGCGUCGACCGCCACUUUUUGGGGUUGAGCAUGCUGGUACGAGACGGCGAGGCAGCGCCCGAUCUGUACUCGGAUCCGGUGUUUGUCCGGUCCAAGAAAUGGAGGGUUUCCACCUCCAAUCUGACACACCCCAAGCUGGACAACUGGGGAUACGGAGAGGUCGUUCCMGACGGGGUGGGUCUCAGCUAUUCCGUCCACAAGGACCGCGUGAUUUUYGGAAUCACGGCGCUGAAAGAACACGGCGGAUGGCCGGAACGGCUGAGUCAAUACCUCGAGGACGCCCUCGUCGAAAUGAGGCUGCUGGUAGAAGAGGCGGCGGCGAGCGAUGCGGCACCGCCCACGAGGAGCAAGAUGUAAGGCUCUCUAGAAAGAAAAAUCGUGCUUUCGGUAACGGAAGGCAUCCCGUCGAUGACAACAAUAUACCAGUAUACAAUUAUCACCAGAAUACCCAAAUGAGAAUAGGUUGCGAUGCCUUUCUUAUCGUACAAAUUGUCUUUUACUAUUAUUGUGGGUGCGGUUGUUGAUUCGCCUGUUUUUAUCCUUUGUCCCUGGUCUACCGGUAAUAGAAUYGAAAUGAUUUGCUCCGUUCUUUCGGUCGAUCGGGUUCUCUAGAGUUCUUCUCCACCGGGGCUACCCUUGGGUCCUCCGAAUUCUUCCCACGAGAUGAAACCAUCSCCAUCCUUGUCCUCGYUCUCCCACAAUCCAUCGGGGGUGCCUACUCCCUGCUUUUCCAUGAAAAAGGCCUCGACUUCUUCCUUCGUCAAUUUCUGGUCGCCGUCGGUGUCGAUUUCAUCGAACAAGUUGGGCUCCGGUGGGGGCGUGGUCGAAAUGUCCACCACCUCGACAUCAAAGGAAAGGGUAGCGCCGCCGGGAAUGUCCCUGCCGGCACCAUGCUCGCCGUAACCCAUCUCGGGYGGGAUCGUGAGGUGGGCCUUGGAGCCCUUGCAGAGACCGACGAUUCCCAUGUCCCAUCCUAUUUGUUGUCGAAGGCAUCAUAGCAUUCACGUCGUGUCCGUGCAUCCAACCAGAACAAAAUGAGUGAGUCUGUCCUGAUGCGUGACAAAGUUUCAAUCGAUUUCCGUUUCGGUUUUGGCUUGGAUUCGCCUCGGUGACGACAAAACCAAAACAAAACAAAUAUAUAUUGCUUAUUGAGAACAAUGGCAAGGUCGAUACCUACCUUGGAUGACUUGACCGAYACCAAUCUGGAAAUCAAAAGUACUGCCUCUAUCCCUGGAAGAGUCGAAUACUUUUCCCUUCUCGCCGGUGGCACUGUCUUCAUGGAUUUUYCCCGUGUAGUGCAUUUUCAGGAAGUUUCCAGCCAUGACCUUGUCCUCGUCACUGCAAUCCCUGGUUCCCUCGUAAAGGUCGACAUGCAUUCGUCCAGCUGUUUGUUGAGUUUCCUCACCUUCGCCCGCGGCGAAGGCGGAAAGCAUCAAGAGGGCUGCGGCUGUAAAUUUCAUUUUAUUGUUUGUGUUUUCAAUUUGUCUCUUACAAUGAUACAAAUUUACUUUCUCAGAAUAAAAUUGUCGGUUUGCA